UUGACGUUUUUUUUUAAAAUUCAUUUUUUUACAAUAUUGUAAUAUGUUUUAAUAAUUUAUUAUUAUCUAUAUUAAAACGUUAUGAAAUUUUUAGUUCUCUGGAAUUUGUUAUUGAAUUUUUUGUUUGUUUCUUGUAACUCAGAGUAUUACGAUAAAGAUUAUUCCGAAGGAUUUAUUUCAGGAUGGAUAAGUUACUUGAAACGUUUUUUCUUAGUUGCCUCGAUAUUAUCUGGAGUAAUUUUGUACUAUAUUCCUGAUUCUCGUUUUUAUGCAAAAAGAGGAUGCUGUUUUUUAAUAGAUAAUUUUGCGGAAGGAUUAAAAACUCUUCUUUGUUUAAAAGAUAAUGAUUUUAAUAAAAAGAAAUCUGAUAUUGACAAUUCUAUAUCUGAAAAUUUUUACGAUAUUGACGAAUUUGAUUUUUUAAAUUCAGAUCAAAAUAUUGAGCAUAAAGAAAAAAAUGAUGAAAGUGUGAGAGCAUUGAAAAAUUCAAGGGAAUUUUCUUUAAGAUCUAUGGAACAUCUUCAAAUACAAAAGAAAUUAAAGAAAAAGAAAAAAGAACAAAAUUCCAAUCAAAUUAUUUUAACUUCAAAUUCAAAUCAAAUACCAAAUAAAAAUAUAUUAAACGAUAUUGAGGCAAAAGUAUUUUUUGAGAGAACACCGCAACCAAAGAAAAAAUGUCAAGAGAAUAAAGAAAAAUUAUCAUAUUUGAAUUCUUCGGAAAGUGAAAAAUUACAUAUUAGAAAUUAAAUACGGAAAAAGAAAUUUUAAUGAAAAAUUAUAUUUCAUAACAGGUGAUAAUGGAUUAAGAACGUGAUUUUUUUUUACAUAGAAAUUUAUAUAAAGUAUAAAUAUAAAUAAUUUAUAAAAAGAAUUAUAGAAAGAUUAAAAAUUUUUUUUUUUAUUAUUAUACAAAUACUUGAAAAUAAUUUUUUUUGUACAAAAAGCUUUUUGCCUUUUAAACAAUUUCUCUUUUUUAAUUUUGAAUUUCGCGCCAAUUUCAAGAAAAAUGCAUACGCUGAACAUUGCAUUAGAUGGGUGGGAGAAAAUUCAAAAUGGACACAAGCUGGAUGACAGCAUUACAUUGAAAAUAUGUGGAACAAAAUUUAAUUUUUUAAUUAUUUCGCUUAAAUAAAAUUUUUGAAUUUCUAAUUAAUAUUAGAAUUAUAUUAGGAUAUUUAAAAAAUUUAUUUUUCCAUAUACAUACAAUGUAAAGAUGUCAUCCGGUUUUCGUCCAUUUUAAUUUUUCCCCCACCUAAUUUUAACUACGCAUACAAAACUCUGCGCAUGCGUUUUACUUGAAAUUGGUUCAAAAUUAUGGCGGGAAGAUUAUUUUCAAUUCAAACUUUCUUUGUAGAAAAAAUUGUUCGCAAUCAUUUGUAAUGUU